AUGGUGAAUGUUCCAAAAACAAGAAAAACAUACUGUAGCAACAAAUGUAAAAAACAUACAAUGCAUAAAGUCAGUCAAUAUAAAAAAGGAAAAGAAAGAUUAUCAUCAUUAGGAAGAAGAAGAUAUGACAUGAAACAAAAAGGUUUUGGAGGUCAAACAAAACCAGUCUUUAAGAAGAAAGCUAAAACUACUAAAAAAAUUGUUCUUAAAUUAGAAUGUACCAAAUGUAAGAAAAAAAGAUUUCAAACCAUGAAAAGAUGUAAAACUUUUGAAAUGGGAGCUGAUAAGAAAAAGAAGGGAGGAGCAGUAUAUUGA